AUGGCCCGAGAGCAGAGGGGCAGCGCCAGCAGCAAGCCCCCGGGGCGGGGAGACUCUCUGGACCCCAGGCUUGUUUCCAACCCUUUAAUGGGAGUGGGCAAACUCCUGCUCGCCUUUUGCACCCUGCUGACCACUGCCCCCAGGAAGUCCUCCCGGAUUUUCUGCUCUUUACCCAACUGGCACCCAUGGCUGCGUGCGGAUGGGGCUCGGGAGCUGAGGUGGAUCUGUGUAACCUGUUCGCCCCUCCUCACAGAUGCUGUGUCUGAUUGGUCUCCUUUGCAUGAGGCUGCGGUCCAUGGCCGUCUGCUCUCUCUGAAGAACCUCAUCAGCCAGGGAUGGCCUGUGAAUCUCAUCACAGCAGAUCGCGUGUCCCCCCUCCACGAAGCCUGCCUUGGAGGUCAUCCCUCUUGCGCGAGCAUACUGUUAAAGCACGGAGCUCAGGUGAACAGCAUCACGACAGACUGGCACACCCCCUUGUUCAAUGCCUGUGUCAGCGGCAGCCAGGACUGCGUGGAUCUUCUUCUGCAGCACGGAGCCAACCCCCAGCCUCUGAGUGAUCUGGCGUCCCCGAUCCACGAAGCUGCUAAGAGAGGCCACGCCGAGUGCAUCAAGUCCCUUGCUGCUCAUGGGGGCAAUAUUGACCACAACAUCAACCACCUGGGCACACCACUGUACCUGGCUUGCGAAAACCAGCAGAUUGCCUGUGCCAAGACACUUCUGGAGUCAGGAGCAAACGUGAACCAAGGCAAAGGUCUGGACUCGCCCCUCCAUGCGGUGGCCAGGGCGUCCAAUGGGGAGCUCAUCAACUUGCUCAUGGACUUUGGCGCGGACACCCAGGCCAAGAACGCCGAAGGGAAACGCCCCUUGGAACUGUUGCCACCUGAGAGCCCGCUGACCCGCCUCUUCUUGCAGAGAGAAGGGCCCCCUUCAUUGAAGCAGCUCUGUCGCCUGCGAAUCCGGAAGUGCUUCGGGAUCCAGCAGCAUCAUAAGAUCACCAGCCUGGUCCUCCCACAGGAGCUGAAACAGUUUCUCCUACACAUUUGA